AUGUCGCAGUUUCCGACCCUCCCCCGCGAAAAUACCCUCGCGUCCCUCCCGGCCGAAUACCCAACAGACGCGCAAGACCAGAUCUCGCAGAUCCUCAACACAGCUUCCAUAAACCGCCUUGUUGUCCUAGACGACGAUCCAACCGGCACCCAAACCUGCCAUGACAUCAAUGUCCUCACAGUCUGGGACAUUGCAACAUUGACCGUCGAAUUCCGCACCGAUUCCCGAGGCUUCUUCAUCCUAACCAAUUCGCGCGCCCUCCCUCCAACAGAAGCAGAGACCCUUAUCCGAACCAUAUGCGAGAAUGUAUCGUUGGCCGCAAAAGCCACUGGCAAUAAAGUUGAUAUCGUACUGCGAGGCGAUAGCACAUUGCGCGGACACUUCCCAUUGGAACCGGAUGUUGCGCAGUCUGUAUUUGGAGCUGCCAACGCACUCGUCCUGGCGCCGUUCUUUUUCCAGGGUGGACGUUAUACGAUCGACGAUGUCCAUUACGUUGCUGAGGGUGAUACUCUCGUUCCUGCGGGUGCGACGCAAUUCGCAAAGGAUGCGACGUUCGGAUACAAGUCCUCUAAUCUGCGGGACUAUGUACUUGAGAAAGCGCCCGGGCGGUUCACGGCCGACCAAUUAUUCUCCGUCACCAUCGAUGAGAUUCGGAAAGGUGGACCUGAAACCGUUUGUCAACGGUUGCUUGCUGCCCCGGCUGGUGGUGUAGUGAUUGUCAAUGCGGCUGCGGAGUCGGAUAUGCACGUUUUUGUGGCCGGGUUACUGCUGGGUACGUAUAACUCUUCUUUCCCAUUUUCCGAUAAACGUUCAACCGGUUCAAAGCUCAUCGAGGAAAAAAAAACAGCCGAGUCACAGGGCAAGCAUUUCCUCUACCGCACCGGUGCAGCGUUCGUCUCGACUCGACUCGGUAUCCGAUCGAAAGCCCCCAUUUCCGCGAUUGAACUCGGUCUCCCCUCUCCCAGACAAACAGGUGGACUCAUCGUGGCUGGAUCCUAUGUUCCUAAGACAACGGCGCAAUUGAAGGUUUUGACUGAUCGUCGAGGCUCGACGGGUCAGCUCGCAAUUAUUGAGAUCAAGGUGGAGGAGCUCAUCGCUUCGCCUGAGACCGCUUCGAAGACCAUCGCACAGAUCGUUAAAGAGACAGAAGAGUACUUAAAGGCUGGCAAGGACACAUUGGUCAUGACAAGUCGAAAACUCAUCACGGGCGGCGACGAGAUAUCCUCCUUGAAGAUUGGGUCUGCAGUUGCGGAAGCUUUGGUCAGCGUUCUGCAAAGAAUCGAGGUUCGGCCACGGGGGGGGAUUACUUCGUCAGACGCCGCUACGAAGGGCUUGAAUGCUAAACGCGCACUCAUUGUUGGCCAGGCAGCUCCUGGUGUGCCGCUGUGGCGAUGUGAUGAGGAGACAUCUCGUCAUCGUGGUGUGCCUUUCGUCGUCUUCCCUGGUAAUGUCGGUGGAGAGGCGACAUUAUGCGAGCUCGUUGAGGGAUGGAGUUAA